CGCAACUUUAAGUCAACAAAAUCGACGCGCUUUAUUAAUGUUUUUAUUAUCGCCCGUAAGGCAAACAAAUGCAGCAGAAUGUUUAUUCCAUAAAAGCAUUUCAACGCUAAUUUUCGGUUCCACGCAAUUUUUAAAAACUACUGUUGUUCCAUGAGCGAUAGGUACUCCGAUGCAAGAUACGCGCUAAUGCUAAUAGACAUGCUGUUUAUGGGGGAACAUGACGAUGAGUAUGGGGAUUUAAUUAUUUCCGAAGAGGAAACAGAUUCUGAUGCAGAAGAUCACGGAGAUUUUUUUGAUACAACCGAUGCUGAAGAAACUGAUCCUGAAGAAACGGAUCCGGAGCCAGCAGAACCUGAGCCAGCAGAACCGGAGCCAGCAGAUCCUGAAGAAACUGAUGCCGAUGAAACUGAUGCUGAAGAAGCCAAUCCUGAGCCAGCAGAUCCCGAAGAAACUGAUGCCGGAGAAACUGAUGCUGAAGAAGGCAAUCCUGAGCUAGCAGAACCAGCGCAAGCAGAACCUGAGCCAGCAGAACCUGAGCCAGCAGAGCCUGCGCAAGCAGAACCCGAGCCAGCAGACGAGCCAGAGCCGCUUCCUGAUGAACAAGAUGAGGUUGUUCUGCUGGAACCAGCUGCUGAGCGACCCACUACGUCCCGCAGAGCACAGCUGCAACAGGAUAACAUAAUAAAUCUUGAUUCGCCAUCACCACCAAAGAAACGCAAGCGUCUAUCCAAAGUGGCCAGCACGGAAAUGGGCACGCCGUUAGCCAAGCCAUCCUCGAACGACGAAGAGGACGACGGCAUGACGUGUCCCAUAUGCCUGGAGUCGUGGGAGAUGAGCGGAGAGCAUCGCUUGGUAUCACUGCGCUGCGGACAUCUGUUUGGCGAGUCCUGCAUUCGACGCUGGCUCAUCGAGAGUCAACGGCAGUCGGCGGUUAAGGUGUGCCCGCAGUGCAAAACGAAGGCCACCAAUCGGGACAUACGCUGCCUGUAUGCGAAGCGACUGCGGGCCAUAGAUCGCACAGAGGAGCACGACAUGCGCAGGGAGCUGGACGCUGAGCGUCGCCGCGCCCAGGCUCUGACCACCGAACUGGCAACAGUCAAAAUGUCACAUUCCCUAACCGUCAACAAGCUGAACGAACUGCAGCUGGAUUUCGAGAGGCUGCGCCAGGUGCUGCGUGCGGGCGGCGGCUGUCGCGGCGCCUUUAGCGACGGUCUAAGCGGUGGCGGCACACUGAAGAGCCUCAGCCAGUUGACCAGCCAUCGACUGUACAUGGAGAAGAACUUUGAGAUAACACGAGAGCCCGGCUGCCGUGUGCUGCUCUACUCGGCGCCGCACUCCACGCUGGUUGCGUCCCAGAAGAGCGCACAGCUUCUGUUUCCCGGCUAUGGAGUGCGCUUCAUCGAUUCGCCCAGUUUCAAGCCGCUCCACUUUCUGCACACCUCCGCGUUGCUGGUGCGCGAUAUUGGCUUCAGCGAGAGCCAGCAUCUCUUGACCGUGGCUAGUCGGGAGACGCGCAUUAAGACGUUCGACAUUCGCACCCGGCAGUGCAGCAGCGUGUUCACGGCCAACGACAAGCCGCUGUGGUCCUGCGGCGUGGACCGCAACGAGCGUGAGCACUUUCUAUAUGCGGGCGACCUGCGCGGUGGGGUCUAUGUGUUCGACAUGCGCUUCCCGGAGACGAUUCUCAGCGAGUUUCCAUCUGAGGAAAACUUUAGUCCUGUGAUAAACAUAGCUGCCGUGCCCACGGGCAAGGUGUUCAGCAAUGGCGGCUUUCUAGUCUGCCAGCUGACCAUAGUGAAAUUCUAUGAGUAUGCCAAUGAUACGGCCCUGCCCACGCGCCUCAACGUGGACGGUCCCUUCCUAUCCAUGCACUAUGAUGUGCUGCAGGACACGGUGCUCUUCUCGGCACGCUCCAAUGCCCAGUAUCCGCAGUCGCGUUUCAUACUCGCCAAGCUGGACAAAAUCGAUGGCACUCCAGUGCUCCAGAUUAAAGCCACAAUAUUUGGCUCAACUGCCACGCCCUAUAUGACAAGACCCACACAGAUGGGCGUGGAAGAUAAUACGCUGGUCGUUGGCUACUUGCAGGAUAACAAGCAGCUGAUGAUGUACGAUGUGCGGCGCGAGGAACGCGUCCAAACGAUGCCCGUCAACGAGGUGGUCUACGACAUCUGUCCGGUGGGCACGCCGGCUGGCUCCUACCUGGCCGCGCUGACGGACAACAAGUGUCGCAUCUACAAGGUCAACAGCAGCAGAAACUGAUCUUCCAAAUUUGUUGUUGACUGUGCAAAGACUGUGACAAUGCGACUGCGUACUGCGUACCGCUAAUUAGUUAGUAACUAAUUGCUAGUUAAAACAGUUAAGAGUUAUGUUUCAUUGUGGCUUUUUAUUUAAUCAUUCACAUGCUUGCUUCUCACACACACAGACAAACUUGAAAUAUAAAUGUAUCCUUCUUUAUUA